UGGUUUACUAUGAAUACAAGUCACUGGGGUUAAGGGUGUGAUGUAAAUGCAGAUUGUUGUUGUUGUCAGUCAUACAGAAGUCUCCACACCUUCUCAUCUUACAGGAUUCACAGGGAGUGUCUGCCACUUUAUUCUGAACAUUCAAUUACAAACCCCACGGAUCCUACACAAUUACACAAAUAUUCACUUUUGGAAAGUUUGCAUUUAACACUAGAGGGGUAAGUGGGGGAUUAUCGAGGACCAGAUUGGUAUGGGGCCUACUACAUUGCUCCAUGAGGAGGGUACCGGGGCUGGGGGAGGGUAGGCUUGCAGAAUGGUUUGGAUCCAUAUCUCCUGGUUUUUGUCAUAGCUUCUAGCUCCAACCCUGAAUGAUGUUCUCCCGUGGAACAAUGUUUAAGACAUUUGUUGGAUGGGUGUUUCUUGUGACUGGUAUCAGAUCGCUCCAGGCUUUCUGGGAGGUGGGAAUAACGUGCCAAGGUCACAGUGUGACCUGGUGUCCUACACUCAGCCCCAAUGAGCUGUGAAGCCCUGUCCUAGAGUGAUCAUUGGUCAGCAUGCUCCUACCCAGAGGAUUGGAGACGGGGCACACUCCUCACCAAGUGAGUGUUGUACUGCAGCUGGGACAGAGUGGGGUCUGUGCUGGUCCUCAGCUGGGACAGAGUGGGGUCUGUGCUGGUCCUCAGCUGGGACAGACCGGGGUCUAUGCUGGUCCUUAGAUGGGACAGAGCUGGGUCUGUGCUGGUCCUCAGCUGGGACAGAGUGGGGUCUGUGCUGGUGCUGCCAGCUGGGACAGAGCGGGGUCUGUGCUGGUCCUCAGCUGGGACAGAGCAGGGUCUAUGCUGGUCCUCAGCUGGGACAGAGCGGGGUCUGUGCUGGUGCUGCCAGCUGGGACAGAGUGGGGUCUGUGCUGGUCCUCAACUGGGACAGAGUGGGGUCUGUGCUGGUCCUUAGCUGGGACAGAGCGGGGUCUGUGCUGGUCCUCAACUGGGUCAGAGUGGGGUCUGUGCUGGUCCUUAGCUGGGACAGAGCGGGGUCUGUGCUGGUCCUCAGCUGGGACAGAGCAGGGUCUAUGCUGGUCCUCAACAGACCGGGGUCUAUGCUGGUCCUCAGAUGGGACAGAGCUGGGUCUGUGCUGGUCCUCAGCUGGGACAGAGCGGGGUCUGUGCUGGUGCUGCCAGCUGGGACAGAGUGGGGUCUGUGCUGGUCCUCAACUGGGACAGAGUGGGGUCUGUGCUGGUCCUUAGCUGGGACAGAGCUGGGUCUGUGCUGGUCCUCAACUGGGACAGAGUGGGGUCUGUGCUGGUCCUUAGCUGGGACAGAGCGGGGUCUGUGCUGGUCCUCAGCUGGGACAGAGCAGGGUCUGUGCUGGUCCUCAGCUGGGACAGAGCAGGGUCUAUGCUGGUCCUCAACUGGGACAGAGCGGGGUCUGUGCUGGUCCUCAGAUGGGACAGACCGGGGUCUAUGCUGGUCCUCAGCUGGGACAGAAUGGGGUCUGUGCUGGUGCUGCCAGCUGGGACAGAGUGGGGUCUGUGCUGGUCCUCAACUGGGACAGAGUGGGGUCUGUGCUGGUCCUCAACUGGGACAGAGUGGGGUCUGUGCUGGUCCUUAGCUGGGACAGAGCGGGGUCUGUGCUGGUCCUCAGCUGGGACAGAGCAGGGUCUAUGCUGGUCCUCAACUGGGACAGAGCGGGGUCUGUGCUGGUCCUCAGCUGGGACAGAGCGGGGUCUGUGCUGGUGCUGCCAUCUGGGACAGAGUGGGGUCUGUGCUGGUCCUCAGCUGGGACAGAGUGGGGUCUGUGCUGGUCCUCAGCUGGGACAGACCGGGGUCUAUGCUGGUCCUCAGCUGGGACAGAGCGGGGUCUGUGCUGGUGCUGUCAGCUGGGACAGAGUGGGGUCUGUGCUGGUCCUCAACUGGGACAGAGUGUGGUCUGUGCUGGUCCUUAGCUGGGACAGAACGGGGUCUGUGCUGGUCCUCAACUGGGACAGAGUGGGGUCUGUGCUGGUCCUUAGCUGGGACAGAGCGGGGUCUGUGCUGGUCCUCAGCUGGGACAGAGCAGGGUCUUUGCUGGUCCUCAACUGGGACAGAGCGGGGUCUGUGCUGGUCCUCAGCUGGGACAGACCGGGGUCUAUGCUGGUCCUUAGCUGGGACAGAGCGGGGUCUGUGCUGGUGCUGCCAGCUGGGACAGAGUGGGGUCUGUGCUGGUCCUCAGCUGGGACAGAGUGGGGUCUGUGCUGGUCCUCAACUGGGACAGAGUGGGGUCUGUGCUGGUCCUUAGCUGGGACAGAGCGGGAUCUGUGCUGGUCCUCAGCUGGGACAGAGCGGGGUCUGUGCUGGUCCUCAGCUGGGACAGAGCGGGGUCUGUGCUGGUGCUGCCAGCUGGGACAGAGCGGGGUCUGUGCUGGUGCUGCCAGCUGCUGGCUCUGGGUGAACAAGACCAUGUGCUGGUGUUGAUAACCUCGCUGUACAUUCCUGGAGAUGUUUCUUAUAGAUAAUAACAAGUUCUUGAUGAUUCAAAAACAGUUCAAUCAGCCAGGCCCAUCAGACAGUGUCUGAAUUGCAUUAUUCAUUCCAGAAAUAAACUGUUUGAGAAAACUGUAUCAGGAAGCAAACAGGAAGCAAUUUCUUGGCUGACUGGUUCACCUGUCACCAUAGUAACCACAAUCCUAUUUCCCGAGUGAUGGAAAACAAAGACAUUGCAUUGAUCCAAGAGUCCACCACAACAUGAAAAGAAGUGGAGAGUCAAAUUGGUGCAAACCUGAGUUCCCAGUUAUGGUCGAGGUACCAGCCAUUCCCACUGGAUAAGUAGCAAAUCCCUGAUAAACUGAACAUCCAGACUCCCAAUUCUGGAAUAACCAAAGUUGCAAGUCACCGCUCCAACCAAGCAGCGUGGAUUUAGACCAUGCUCCAGUAUAAUCAGAGGGAAACUGUUACCCACAAACUGUCAGUGAGUAUAAGACCAUCAGGUACAGAAUAGCUAAAGCUGUGGGAAAGGUGACAGCAAUGUUAAUCAGAGACAAUGUGAAGGGAGUGCAGCAAGUGAUCAGUCAGCUCAGCUCCAGGACAUCUCUGCAGGAGUUCCUCAGGGUA